ACACUAUAAAUGAUGAGCUUACUGCCUCUUAAGUCCUCAUUCAUUAGCAGCCUAAACUUCUUCCUCAUUCCUUGACAGCCCCAGCACCUAAGAUAGAGUUGGCAACAACAAAAUCUAGAGCACAUGAAGAUAGCAGUACUUGUAUGGCUUUUCUUCAUUGUAUCCCUUAAACUUCUUACGUAUUCAGCAUGCCAAAGCACUUUCACCCCAAAAGCAGAAGAUAAGCCGUAUUUGAGUCCCAGAAAACAGCUUAACUACUUGUAUGAUAGGAACAGAGAAGCAGGGGAUCAAAGAAGAAAUGAGGCAGUUCAAGCAGCACGUCCUCUAAGGGUUUCCCAAAAGGCAAAAGCAGUUUAUGGUGGUGCCAAUGACCUUAAGCACCCUCGUAAUUCCCAUAGUGGAGCAAACUCCAUUUUAGUUCGACCCUGUUUGGGGUUUUCGGUGUUGCUUAGGCAUGUUGUACUUGGAUUGCUCCUUCUUGUUUUCUUCUUUUGAACUCCACGGAUGUGAUCAUAAAGCUUCACUUGUGCCCUUCUUUUCCCAAUGUUAAAGGACCAGCUUUCUCAA